AUGGCUCAUUUCAAGGAAUACCAAGUUAUUGGUCGUCGUCUACCAACCGAAUCCGUUCCAGAACCAAAGUUGUUCAGAAUGAGAAUCUUUGCUUCUAACGAAGUUAUUGCUAAGUCUCGUUACUGGUACUUCUUGCAAAAGCUACAUAAGGUUAAGAAGGCUUCUGGUGAAAUUGUUUCCGUUAACCAAAUUAACGAAGCUCACCCAACUACUGUCAAGAACUUCGGUCUAUGGGUCAGAUACGACUCCAGAUCCGGUACCCACAACAUGUACAAGGAAGUCAGAGAUGUCUCCAGAGUCAACGCUGUCGAAACUUUGUACCAAGACAUGGCUGCCAGACACAGAACUAGAUUCAGAUCUAUUCACAUCCUAAAGGUUGCUGAAAUUGAAAAGACUGCUGAUGUCAAGAGACCAUACGUCAAGCAAUUCUUGACCAAGGACCUAAAGUUCCCAUUGCCACACAGAGUCCAAAAGUCUACCAAGACAUUCUCUUACAAGAGACCAACCACCUUCUACUAA